CCCGCCCACCGUAGCGCGCCUCCGCAGCCGUCCAGUCUUAUGUAAUGCCGAAGUUGUGCUUUUGAAAUAGUUCACUCGUAUUUUCAGGAGUAACGGAAAGACUUCUGUCCCAGCUCGCACCGCCAUGGCUGACAAGGUUGUCCUGCACUACUUCGACGGCAGAGGGAAAAUGGAGUCGAUCCGUUGGCUUCUCACCGUCGCAGGGGUUGAGUUCGACGAGGUUCACCUGAGCACCCACGAGCAGUACGAGACGCUCCUGAGGGACGGGGCUCUCAUGUUUCAACAGGUCCCUAUGGUGGAGAUGGAUGGCAUGAAGCUUGUUCAGACGAGGGCGAUCUUGAAUUAUAUCGCCGAGAAAUACAGUCUCCACGGCAAAGACGUCAAGGAGCGUGCCAAGAUCAAUAUGUACUCAGAGGGACUGAGGGACCUGAUGGAGAUGAUGAUGAUGCUGCCCUUCACACCACCCGCGGAUGUGAAAGCCAAGCUGGAGAACAUCCAGACUAAAGCCGCGGAGCGUUACCUCCCCGUGUAUGAGAAGGCGUUGACUGGUGCCACAUACCUGGUGGGUGGUGCACUGAGCUGUGCCGACGUGGAGCUUCUUGAAUGCAGCCUGAUGUUGGAGGAGAGGGUCCCCGAAAUUCUCACCCAGUUCCCCAACGUCAAGGCUUUCCAGAGUAGGAUGAGCAGAAUACCAGCCAUCGAGAGGUUCCUGCAGCCAGGCAGCAAGAGGAAGCCCCAACCGGAUGAAAAUUAUGUAAAAACUGUCAUGGAGGUGUUCAAAGUAAAACUGCCGCUGACUAAGUAACGUACAGGAAGUACCUGCAAGCCAACCGAGGUCAGCCUGCAAGCUCGUGGCAUGCAUGUGGUAACUGGACCAAAAGCGAUCUUAGUGUUUUCUAAUGUUUCAGGGUGAUGCGUGUGUGCUCUAACAUGAGGGGAGUGUCCGUUCAGCACCUCAUCUGAACACCAACAAGCCAUCAUGACAUUGUGUUGCAUCAGUGUUUUGUAAUAAA